AUGGCAGCGCGCAGUGCCUUGGCCCGAAAGGCGGCUUUCAAGGCGCCUAACAGCUCCGCGUAUAAACCCUGUCUCCCGCCGGACAUCCCGAUUCCUUCGACACCCGAACCCCUCAAACCGGCCCACGGCAGCGACCGCCCGCGCUCGUCUGAAAUCGAGUCAAUUAGCCUGGACCCCCAGUCGGCCGUCGCUUUCUCCUCGACCCUGCAACUGCCCGAUCUGACGUCGACCAACAACCGGGACUCGUUCAACUCCAUCGUCGACGACCCCUUCUUCCAAGGCUUCGACCCGCCCCUCGUCGAGAACCCCGUCGUCAAAGUGUCGGUCGAGAGCUCUUCAGCCGACCAGCCGGAUGAUAGCGAUGACGCUAGCAACAGCCAGCGCUGGCCGCCCUCUCACCGAGAAUCAUUGACCAUCGGGCCGUCGCAGCAUUGGUCCCAUUCCCAACCCAGCAUGGAGAGUUUCAACAUUGCCGUCAUCGGCAACUCGGACGUCGGAAAGUCGACCUUCAUCCAGCGUGUUCUGUCCCUGCCCCGACCCCCGAUAUCCAGUGCCUCGAGCGUCCGCAUGGUGGUGGAUAACACCACCCACAUGAUCACCCUGCUCGAGCUGGACCUCGACUUUUUCGAAUCGAGCUCGACCGAGUCGAUCCAAUGGCCGAAACAGAUCAACGGCCAUAUCGUGCCGCGAAUAGAUGCCGCCUUGAUCCUGUACGACGUCAUGAACCAAGAUUCCAUAAUUGAACUUCCCCGCAUCGUCGCUGCUCUCUACAACUCCGAUCUCGCCGCCAUCCUCGUCGCCUGCAAAUGCGACAAUCCCGAGGACGAUUGGGAGGUUGACGCCGACGCUUUGGCGAAUCACGAGUUCUUUGAUUCAUGCCUAGACAAUUACAAAGUGUCCGUCGAAACGCCAGAUGUCAGCCGGGAAUGCUUGCUGAAUGUUUUGAGGACCGCCGUCGCUAACCGGCGAGGCCGAACAAGCCAUGUCGCGAAGAAGAGGGCGAUCGUCGACCAACCUGGAGCCUCCCGAUCCCGACGGCGGCCGAUCCCGGAGCCGAGGCAGCAGACACAGGCGCGCGAGUUCGGUAUUCUCAACUUUUCGUGGAUUUCCCAACACGGAAGCGUCGGAACAGUACCGCAGGCAGACGUCGAGGAGUCCGAUGCCGGUCGGAUCCCCAAGCCUGCCUCCGAGUCGGACGGAGAGUCUCGCAGACACUCGGAUGAUAUUCCCAUAUUGCAGAGAGGCGAUGACUCCGUCCUGGAGAAGCAACCCAACAUGCCGGGCUGUAGCCUUGACGAGCUUGUCGACCGGCUGCUUGCGCUGCGGUUGUCGAAAGCAGACAGCAACUUCUCCGACGUAUUUCUCUGCCUGUACCGAAAGUUUGCCGCGCCCGGCGAGCUCUUCGCCGCCAUCAUCGUACGGUUGGAUCGUGUUCGCGACGACAAGUCGGCCCACUACCUCACCAAAACGGCCACUCAACUGAGGAUCAUCGAGGUCGUUGCGAAAUGGGUGUCGCUCUACCCCGGCGACUUUGCUCGGCCGAAGACAAGGCAGAACUUGGAUGAUUUCAUCACCCACCUCUCGACGGAACCCGUCUUUUCCGUCGCGGCCCAGCAGAUGCGCCGGAAUCUUCAGUUCAACGUCAACGUGGAUGACGAUACCGGCUGGGCAAUCUCCGACGAUGCCGACGAUGAGAUCACCAGCAAGAUCCUCUCCAAGGACAUGUCGGAGCUGUCAGCCGACAUGAGCACGCUGCAGAUCGACGAAGCCAAUCGCAGACCGUCCAACAGCACGGAGGCCUCGGCCCACAGUAGAGGGAGCGUUGGUAGCAUGAGCGGACCAUCGAGGUUCAGCUCGUACGAGGAUUAUGACAGAGAGGCCGCCCUUCUCGAGCCGACCGAUCACCUGCCGAUGAACAAGAACCGUUUCCAUAUCUUCAUGGACAUACCCGACGACGACAUCGCCGACGAGCUCACCCGAAUCGACUGGAUCAUGUUCUCCUCCAUUCGAAUCCGCGACUUCGUGCGUCACGUCAGCCUAUCGGCGGCGCAGAAGGGAAAGUGCAACAGUUUACGGAAUGUGAAUCGCAUGAUCAGCCACUUCAACCACAUCGCCAAUUGGGUCGCAAACAUGAUCCUGCUGCGAGACAAGGCAAAGCACCGGGCGCAGAUGCUCGAGAAGUUCAUGAACAUUGCCCUUAAGCUGCGGCAGUUGAACAACUACAACGGCCUCGCGGCAAUCUUGGCCGGGCUCAACGGCUCGGCCAUCCAUCGACUCGCCCAAACACGGUCGUUGGUCUCCAUCGAUGUCCAGAAGCGAUUCGCACGGACCCAGCUCCUGAUGGGCACGCAAAAGAGUCAUUUUGCCUACCGGCUGGCUUGGGAGAACUCGCCGUUGCCGCGGAUACCCUUCAUGCCUCUGCAUCGCCGAGAUCUUGUGUCGGCCGAGGAGGGUAGCAAGACGUUUGUGGGCCCCGACGGCGACCGCAUCAACUGGAGGAAGUUUGAGGUGCUCGGCGAAGUCUUACUCCCGAUGAUGAAGAGCCAGGGAACGGCGUAUCCGAACCUGGUCAAGCUGGACACGGCCCGAGAUCUCAUCCUGGGGUGCCGCAUGCCCACGGACGAGGAGGAAAUAUACCAGAGAAGCCUAUCGUUGGAAAGCAGCUCAGGUGUGGUCGACGGGGGCAAGAAGAAGUUUCCAUGGUCUGCCAAGUGA